CACCCGCUCUCUCUCCUCUGUUCUCUCCUAUUUUCUCGCACUUCCUUUCUCCCUCUUUUCUUUUUCCCUCUCCUCUGCGAGUGUUAUAGCUGACAAUAAUGGCAAGAUUAGCAACGCGUCUUUGACAACCCUAAACAGAAAAAUUAAAGUAAAAGUGAUGAUGUCUACUCCAUCAACGCGUCAAUCUCCUCGACGCAAAAUUCCCCUCCUCCCUAUAAGACUGCGCAGUUCGCAAUUUUCCAUCCGUCCAAUUUCACCCAAAUUUUCUCACAAACCAAACAACUCCUCACCGCACAAUCCUCCCCUGGUCUCACUCCCUAAUGCCAGCCAUUCUCCCAGGAUUUUCCUCCUUAACUCAAUCCCUCCUCUCCCUGCUCCCCGAGAAGCUCCUCGCACUUUUCCUCCUCCCUUCUAAUUCCAAUUCCGAUUUCAAUUGCUCCCCCCGCCAUUCCCGCUCUUCCCCUCCCCCUUCCUCUUCCUCUUCCUCAUCGCCGCCGGAUCCGAUUCCCCGGAGAAUGGACCCGACGGAGCUGAAGCGGGUGUUCCAGAUGUUCGAUCGGAACGGCGACGGCCGGAUCACGAAGAAAGAGCUCAACGACUCCUUGGAGAAAUUGGGCAUUUUCAUCCCGGACAAGGACUUGAGCCAGAUGAUCGACAAAAUCGACGUGAACGGGGACGGGUGCGUGGACAUGGACGAGUUCGGGGAGCUGUACAUGUCGCUGAUGGACGAGCGGGACGAGGAGGAGGACAUGAGGGAGGCGUUCAACGUGUUCGAUCAAAACGGCGACGGAUUCAUCACCGUAGAUGAGCUCCGGUCGGUGCUCUCCUCCCUGGGGCUCAAGCAGGGCCGAACCCUAGAAGAUUGCAAGAAGAUGAUAAUGAAGGUGGACGUCGACGGCGAUGGCAGGGUCAAUUUCAAGGAGUUCAAGCAGAUGAUGAGAGGCGGUGGAUUUAGCGCUUUGAGUUAACUUCUUUCAUUCUCUCUUUUUUUUUUUUUUUUUUCAAAAAAAAUUGUUUUAUGAUUCACCCAACCAAAAAAAAUAAAAAUUAUUCAAUAUUUUUUUA